CUGGGCGCUCCAGGCCGGCCGGAGGUGGCGGCGGCGGCGACGGUGGCGGCGAGGCCGGGACUCGGGCUGAGGGCCUGCUGUGGCGGCAGCGGCGGACCGCGACCUCAGCAGCGGGUUUCUCUGGAAACCCCCCUGGUAAGUGCAGAGGAGGCGGGACACUCUGACCCAAGACAAAGACCUGUAGCUCCAGCCAAAGAAAAUAAACCUUAGGAAGGAGAAGGGGGAAAAAAAAGAAGGAAAGGAAGAACUCCACCGGCUGUUCCUGCGAACAGCCUCAGUGGGAUCUGCAGAGAGGACGGCGGAUGUGAGUGAGGAGGUGACUGUGUGUGGACUGUGGAGGCAGUCAGUGGAGAGCCCGAGUGCCUGCACUGGGUCUGUAACAGCUCAACUUUGAGAGGUGAGGUGUCAAGAAGGGACAAGUGAAUGUGGUCUGGACUGUGGCUUUCGCUCCACAGGGUACGCUUUCCUCUGGGGCAUCGGGGAGCUCAGCCCUUGUGCUGUGCCAGGGUUGGGGUACAGGGUCUUGCACUGCGGAGGGUAACGCGCUGGCUCAAGUGGCAGAGCAGUGGCCUUGAUUUGUCUUGUGGAAGAUUUAAAAACAAAAAAGCAUAAGCAUUCUGGUCCUUCAGCAAUGCUUUCUCUGAAGAAAUACUUAACGGAAGGACUUCUCCAGUUCACCAUUCUGCUGAGUCUGAUUGGGGUUCGGGUGGACGUGGAUACUUACCUGACCUCGCAGCUCCCCCCACUCCGGGAGAUCAUCCUGGGGCCCAGCUCUGCCUAUACGCAGACCCAGUUCCACAACCUGAGGAAUACCUUGGAUGGCUAUGGUAUCCACCCCAAGAGCAUAGACCUGGACAAUUACUUCACUGCGCGACGACUCCUUAGUCAGGUGAGGGCCCUGGAUAGGUUCCAGGUGCCUACCACUGAGGUAAAUGCUUGGCUGGUUCACCGGGACCCGGAGGGGUCUGUUUCUGGCAACCAGCCCAACACAGGCCUCGCCCUCGAGAGUUCCAGUGGUCUCCAAGACGUGACAGGCCCAGACAACGGGGUGAGAGAAAGCGAAACGGAGCAGGGAUUCAGUGAAGAUUUGGAGGACUUGGGGGCUGUAGCCCCUCCUGUCAGUGGAGACUUAACCAAAGAGGAUAUAGAUCUGAUUGACAUCCUUUGGCGACAGGAUAUUGAUCUGGGGGCUGGGCGUGAGGUUUUUGACUACAGUCACCGCCAGAAGGAACAGGAUGUGGAUAAGGAACUGCAAGAUGGAGGAGAACGAGAGAACACCUGGGCAGGCGAGGGCGCGGAAGCUCUGGCCCGAGACCUGCUAGUAGAUGGAGAGACAGGGGAGAGCUUCCCUGCACAGUUCCCAGCAGGCGUUUCCAGCAUCACAGAAGCAGUGCCUAGUGAGAGUGAGUCCCCCGCCCUUCAGAACAGCCUUCUCUCUCCUCUUUUGACGGGGACAGAGUCACCAUUUGAUUUGGAACAGCAGUGGCAAGAUCUCAUGUCCAUCAUGGAAAUGCAGGCUAUGGAAGUGAAUACAUCAGCAAGUGAAAUACUGUACAAUGCCCCUCCUGGAGACCCUCUUAACACCAACUACAGCCUUGCACCCAACACUCCUAUCAACCAGAAUGUCAGCCUGCAUCAGGCAUCCUUGGGGGGCUGCAGCCAGGACUUCUCCCUCUUCAGCCCCGAGGUGGAGAGCCUACCUGUGGCCAGCAGCUCCACACUGCUUCCACUUGUCCCCAGCAACUCCACCAGUCUCAACUCCACCUUUGGCUCUACCAACCUAGCAGGGCUUUUCUUUCCAUCACAGCUCAAUGGCUCGGCCAAUGAUACAUCAGGCCCUGAGCUGCCUGACCCCCUGGGUGGCCUGCUAGAUGAAGCUAUGCUGGAUGAAAUCAGCCUGAUGGACCUGGCCAUUGAGGAGGGCUUCAAUCCGGUGCAGGCUUCCCAGCUUGAGGAGGAGUUUGACUCUGACUCAGGCCUCUCCUUGGACUCCAGCCAUAGUCCUUCCUCCUUGAGCAGCUCUGAAGGCAGCUCUUCUUCCUCUUCUUCCUCCUCCUCCUCCUCUUCUGCUUCCUCCUCUGCCUCUUCUUCCUUUUCUGAGGAAGGUGCUGUUGGUUACAGCUCUGACUCUGAGACCCUAGAUCUAGAAGAGGCUGAGGGUGCAGUGGGCUACCAGCCAGAAUACUCUAAGUUCUGCCGCAUGAGCUAUCAGGAUCCUUCUCAGCUCUCUUGCCUUCCCUACUUAGAGCAUGUGGGCCACAAUCAUACGUACAAUAUGGCACCCAGUGCCCUUGACUCUGCUGAUCUACCACCACCCAGUACCCUCAAGAAAGGUAGCAAGGAAAAGCAGGCAGACUUCCUGGACAAGCAGAUGAGCCGAGAUGAGCACAGAGCCCGAGCCAUGAAGAUCCCAUUCACCAAUGACAAAAUCAUCAACCUGCCUGUAGAGGAAUUCAAUGAGCUGCUGUCCAAAUACCAGCUGAGCGAGGCCCAGCUGAGCCUCAUCCGGGAUAUCCGUCGCCGGGGCAAGAACAAGAUGGCUGCACAGAACUGCCGCAAGCGCAAGCUGGACACCAUCCUGAACCUAGAACGUGAUGUGGAGGACUUGCAGCGAGACAAGGCUCGAUUGCUCCGAGAAAAGGUAGAGUUCCUGCGGUCCCUUCGACAGAUGAAGCAGAAGGUCCAGAGUUUAUACCAGGAGGUGUUUGGGCGGCUGCGGGAUGAGAAUGGGAGGCCCUACUCACCCAGUCAGUAUGCGCUUCAGUAUGCUGGGGAUGGCAGUGUCCUCCUCAUUCCUCGCACGAUGGCUGACCAGCAGGCCCGGCGACAGGAGAGAAAGCCAAAGGACCGGAGGAAGUGAGCCUGGGGAGGCAGGGGGUGGAUGCUCACUAAGACCGAAACUGGAGAAGGGCUGGGCCUGGACCUAACAUUGGGGACUUAAAUGCCUUCGUAUCCAAUAUAUCUUCUCAGAUGGGAUGACUGCGGGUCAGUGCACCGAAGAGGCGGGCGCAGGCGCUGUCUGGCUCAGCUGCCCCACUGGGAGUGGGUGGAAAUGACCAGACUGUGUGGGUGAUUGGGGUCCCCCAGCCUACUCCUUUUCUCCUGAGGGAAGGGUGGUGUGGGCAUGCUGGAGGUAGAGGAGCUGUGUGCAGUGAAAAGGAAAAAGAGAACUUGGGAGAGGAGAGGAAGUAGUGGAAAAGCUCAUUCCUGGAAGGAGAAAAGGAAGGAAACCCCUAAAAUCAAAGCAGUCAAAAAAAUCAGGCUGUUACGGGCUUUGGCCAGCUUUGGAGGCAGUGAGUGCAAGUGACUGCAGUGGGCCUAGGUACAGCUAUUGCUAUGGAAACAGACAUGGUGGGGCCUUGGAAGGGCUUUUUAACUGUUUGAACUCUGGCACCCCUGAACGGAAAGAAGCUUUUGGAUGGCACCUAUAAAGUUUUAGUUACUGAAAUGGGAAGCUGUAGGGGGGACCCAACACUGACUUGGUUUCAGGCUACAGGAGGGCAGAGGGUAUAGAAGUGAAUUUAAUGAGGCCUGUGUUGCAGCAGCCCCAACAAGCAUGAUCUCACUGCCCUGCCUCAGCCACCUCCCUCCCUAGCCAUCCCAGAGCUGAGGUUCCCACUGUCCUCAUGAGAGCCUGCAUGGAAAUGCUGUUCUCCCCAUCUCCUCUCUUUUGUGGUACCCACCCUCACUAGCUGCCUAUAGCUCUCUGGAGUGGGGUGCUAUUCUGGCAGUACCGGAACUUGGCCUACAGCUUCCUCUGCAGGGGCUAAACAGAGGCAAGGGGAUGGUGUGGAGGGAGAAGCCCUCAGUGACCUCCAGGCACUGUUCAGCACAACACUGGGAAGUGACUCUUCCCUCAGGCCCCUCUGCCUACUAACAACUGGGCCUGUCACAGGGGGAAACAAAGCCUAUAAACCCCAGCAAGGAAACCUAGUCCUCUUAGAAUUUCUUGCGCUUUGAUUUUUUUUGUUUGUUUGUUUGUUUUAGGGCGUGUGCCCUGUUUCACUUAUAGGGCCUAGGAUGCUUGUGUUGAGUAAAAAGGAGAUGCCCCAAUAUUCAAAGCUGCUAAAUGUUCUCUUUGCCAUAAAGACUCCGUGUAACUGUGGAAACACUUGGGAUUUUUCUCCUCCGUCCCGAGGUCUUGUCUUGCUUUCUUUUUUGGGUUUCUUUCUGGGAAAAGAAGUGCAUGUAAGGAACUGGAGAUGACCCUCCCCUAGCCUUUUGGCUUUAGGCAGCUUCUUCAUAGCCUGUUUAGCCUGGGCUCUUGGAGGACAGCGCUGAGGGAGGCAGUGAGGGGCAGCAAGAUAGCCAGAUGGUUCUAGGACCACAGUGUCUUGUCUUUUCUUUUUUUUUUAUUUCUUUUUUUUUUUUUUUUUGUAACUUUGCCUCUGCUGCCCCCCACUCCUGGUCAGCUCUGGAGUACUGUCUGCCCCAGACUAGCAGGGGUGAGUCAGGGGAAGCACUGAUUCUCCUUCCUGUGCAGAAGGGAGGAGUCUCCUAACUGAGCAGUAGGGAUAGGAAGCGUGAGCCUGGGAGUGCUUUUUAUAAAUUAUUUUCCUUGUAGAUUUUAUUUUUAAUUUAUCUCUGUGACCUGCCAGGGAGAGGAGAGAGAGAGAGAAAUGCUGUGAGCACAUGACAAAAUAAAAUCAAAUAAAAUGGA